AUGGGUAGGGGAAUCUUUGUCUUGGGGCUACCAUAUGCUGUCCUUCAGAGUGGGUUCUGUGGUAUUCUUCUGAUUAUCUUGUCUGCAGUCAUCUGUUGCUACACUGGCAAAAUUCUGAUCUCCUGCUUGUAUGAAGAAAAUAAAGAUGGACAUCGUAUAAGAGUGAGGAAUUCAUAUCAGGAUAUCGCCAAGGCCUGUUGCCAAAACAUGUUUACCAUAGCAGCAGGCACUUUAGUGAGUGUUACUCAGCUGUUUGAGCUAAUAAUGACCUGUAUACUAUAUCUGUUAGUGAGUGGGAAUUUAUUGUCAAAUACUUUUCCAUCUCUCCCAUUGAGCGAGAAAUCCUGGUCAACCAUUGUCUUUGUUUUAUUGCUUCCAUGUGUGUUAAUCAAAAAUCUCAAAAUUGUUUCCAAAUUUAGUCUCCUAUGUUCCUUAACUCACUUUGCUAUAAUUCUUAUUAUAAUAACAUAUUGCUUAACACAGAUUCAAACGUGGUCCUUGGACCAGUUCAAAAUUCCUAUUCAUUUUGAAAACUUUUCAGUAUCAGUAGGCGUAAUAAUCUUUAGUUAUACUUCACAGAUAUUUCUUCCAAGCAUUGAAGGGAACAUGAUAAACAAGACAGAUUUUGACUCUAUGUUAACCUGGACUCAUGUGCUUGCGUGCAUACUAAAGACGCUAUUCUCAUUAGCUGCAUUUCUAACAUGGGGUGGGUACACAAAGGAAGUAAUAUGUGACAAUUUGCCAACUUAUUUAGAGAUUUUAGUAAAUUUGUGCCUUUUAACUAAGGCUCUCCUUUCCUACCCAUUGCCUUUUUAUGCUGCUUUGGAAACGAUUUACACCAGUAUAUUUAAUGUAUCUUGUUUAGAAAAGAAGUCAGCGCUAUUUGACAUGUUAUUAAGAACUGUUUUGCUUGUGUUGACAUUUAUAUUAGCCAUAUAUAUUCCUCACUUUGUUCUACUCAUGGGGCUAACAGGAAGUGUGACUGGGUCUGUCAUGGCGCUAAUUUUGCCUGCAUUAUUCCACUUGAAGUUAAAACAGGACAAAUUAACUGUGUUUCAAAAAUCUGUUGAUAUCAUCAUAAUCUUUUUUGGUUUCAUCUGUGGCAUCAUGGGAAUUGUGUGCUUCAUAAAAAGACUGUUUAAAGUAUUUCAGAGAAAUUAA